AUGACCUCACCUGGGAAAAUAACAAUUUCAAUUGAUCGUGGUGGCACGUUUACCGAUGUGCACGCCAUUGUGCCUGGUUCCUCAGACAUUAUCAUCAAGCUUCUCUCAGUCGACCCCUCACACUAUCAAGAUGCCCCAACAGAGGGUAUUCGUCAAAUUCUGGAGCUUGUGACUGGGCAGCCUCACCCUCGUGGCCAGCCGUUGAAGCUGGACCGUAUCGGUUGCCUUCGAAUGGGUACCACUGUUGCUACCAAUGCGCUAUUGGAACGCAAAGGCGCCCGCUCAGUAUUAUUCACGACCAAAGGAUUCCGCGAUCUCCUCAAGAUCGGUGAUCAAUCUCGUCCUGCCAUCUUUGAUCUCACCAUGGCGCGGCCCGGAGUCCUGCCAGAGAGGGUUGUCGAAGUCAAUGAGCGGGUGAUUCCUUGCCACCCAAAUGCAAGCACUGAUAGCUUUCCUGGUGCUCGAAUCAUUCAAGGCAUCACUGGCGAGAAAUUCAAAAUUGUGCAAGAACUAGAUCUGGACCACGUGCGAUCAGAGCUCCAGAAGCUCAGGGAGCAAGGAUAUGAAUCACUCUCCGUUGCGCUUGUCCAUUCAUUCUCGUAUCCCGACCACGAGCGCCAGAUUGGGGAAAUCGCCGAGCAGAUGGGCUUUUCUGUGACAUUAUCCUCUAAAUUAAUGCCUAUGAUUAAACUUGUCAACCGAGGCAUGUCCGCCGCCGCUGACGCAUACCUUACUCCUGUCAUCAAAACCUACAUCGACUCCAUUUCUUCGAGUUUCGAAGGUGGCUUGGAGAGUCAACAAGAUUGUCGAUUUGAAUUUAUGCAGUCGGAUGGAGGUUUGGUAGAUUUCCGAAAGUUCAGUGGUCUCAAAGCCAUUCUUUCCGGUCCUGCGGCCGGCGUGGUGGGAUUUGCUGCGACAAGCUGGGAUUCUGUCGAAAAAACACCAGUGAUUGGAUUCGACAUGGGUGGCACUUCGACUGAUGUGUCUCGAUUUGAUGGCCAUUUCGAGCAUAUCUUUGGAUCUAAAGUCGCCGGUGUUCUGAUUCAAUCUCCCCAACUCGAUAUCAACACAGUGGCUGCUGGCGGUGGAUCUAUUCUUUCCUGGCGCAAUGGCCUCUUCUAUGUUGGCCCUGAAUCGGCUAGUGCACAUCCCGGUCCAGCAUGUUACCGAAAAGGCGGCCCUUUGACCGUGACGGACGCCAAUCUGUUCUUAGGUCGUUUGCUUCCUGAGUACUUCCCCCACAUCUUCGGGCCCAAUGAAGACCAACCUUUGGAUACCGAGAUCACGACACAGAAGUUCUACGAAUUAACGGAGAAGGUUAAUGUUGAGCGCCGUCGAAAAUCCCAGCCAGAAUACACCCCAGAGGAAGUUGCUCUUGGAUUCCUGAACGUUGCUGACGAGUCGAUGGCCCGUCCUAUCCGCAAUCUCACUCAAGCUCGCGGCUUUGAGACCGCUUCGCACCACCUCGCUUGCUUUGGAGGAGCCGGUGGCCAGCAUGCCUGCUCAGUUGCAAAAAACUUGGGAAUAUCUCGCGUUAUCAUACAUAAAUACUCUUCGGUUCUUUCAGCAUAUGGCUUGGCCCUUGCUGAAGUUGUCAAAGAAUCACAGGAGCCAGUCUCCUCUGAAUACAGUACUUCGCAUUCAACCCUCCUAGAUCGCUUUGACAGUAUAGCUGCUGCUUCAGCAGAGGAAAUGCAAGCCCAAGGUUUCUCCUCUGGCCAAUUGCGACAUGAACAAUACCUUAACAUGAGAUAUGAAGGGUCCGACACUAGUUUGAUGAUUAUGCGGCCAGAGGAUUCGACGGAUUUUCUGAGUCAAUUCCGAGAUCGCCAUCGUCGCGAAUUCAACUUCAAUUCCGAGCGACCCGUUCUCGUUGACGACAUUCGUGUGCGUACCAUCGCUUCAGCCCAGGUUCGCACAGAGCGCAGCCCACUGGUGCAGCUGAAGGAUGCUAGUAUGAAGGAUGUUGCAAUUGCCCCAGCCAACACAAUUGCAGCCUAUUUUGACGAACACCCCAUGCGUAUCGAUACACCUGUGUUCCUGCUGGAUGAAUUAGAAAAGCACACUCGCAUUAUCGGUCCAGCCCUAAUCAUUGAUAGGACCCAAACAAUUGUGGUCGCUCCUAACAGUGUGGCGAAUCUCUUGGAAACUUGCAUCGUCAUCGACUUGCAGGACAAGCCAACCUCUCAACUUGAGGAAGCUGCAUCGGAGAUUGACCCCAUCCGGCUCACUAUCUUUGGCCAUCGGUUCAUGUCCAUUGCUGAGCAAAUGGGUCGGACACUACAGAAGACCUCGGUAUCUACCAACAUCAAAGAACGAUUGGAUUUCUCCUGUGCCUUGUUUUCUCCCGAUGGAGGACUUGUUGCCAAUGCCCCGCACGUUCCUGUGCAUCUGGGUUCCAUGCAAUUUGCCGUACGCUACCAGCACCAGAAGUGGCUGGGCAAUCUGAAGGAUGGCGAUGUGCUUGUCGCUAAUCACCCAAGCUGUGGUGGCACUCACCUCCCAGAUAUCACUGUAAUUACACCCGUCUUUGAUCGCCCCGGUGGCAGCGAGAUUAUGUUUUAUGUCGCCUCGCGAGGCCACCAUGCGGAUAUAGGGGGUAUCCUCCCAGGUUCGAUGCCACCCAGGUCCACCGAGCUUUGGCAGGAAGGUGCAGCCAUCGAAGGCGAUAAAAUUGUCAGCGACGGCGUUCUAGACGAGGCACGCCUUAUCGAACUGCUGGUCACAAAGCCCUCACAAUACCCCGAGUGCUCUGGUGCGCGAUGCAUCAGUGACAAUAUCUCUGACCUCAAGGCCCAGAUAUCAGCCAACGCCCGGGGUAUCACCUUGAUUCAGAGUCUUUUCGCAGAAUAUGGUGUUGAAACCGUGCAGAAGUAUAUGUACGGUAUUCAGGAAUCGGCCGAGAAUGCCGUACGCAACCUGCUCAAAGACCUGCACCAGAAGUUCGGCGGCCAACCAUUGGAAGCGGUGGAUUACAUGGAUGAUGGCACCCCGAUUUGCCUCAAGGUCACCAUCGAUGGGUCUGACGGAUCAGCCGUCUUUGAUUUCUCUGGAACCGGUGCCCAGGUGAUGGCAAAUUUUAAUGCGCCUAUUGCGAUUACGCAUUCGGCGAUUAUUUACUGUUUGCGAUGCAUGAUCAAUGCAGACGUUCCCCUAAACCAGGGAUGCUUGGCUCCAAUCGACAUUCAAGUGCCGUCACCUAGCCUUUUGUCGCCCAAUAAGACUGCGGCUGUUGUAGGUGGAAAUGUGCUCACAUCGCAACGCAUCACAGAUGUGGUUUUCAAAGCAUUCUCGGCUUGCAGUGCCUCGCAAGGCUGCUGCAAUAACUUGACGUUUGGAACGAACCCUAAACUGGAUGCCGAUGGUACAGUGAUCACUCCUGGAUUCGGAUACUACGAAACGAUCGCUGGAGGCGGUGGAGCUGGCCCAACUUGGAACGGAGAAUCUGGCGUUCAAGUGCAUAUGACCAAUACGCGAAUCACUGAUCCCGAAAUUCUGGAGAAACGCUACCCAACCAUGCUUCGUCAAUUCUCAUUACGUGAGGGAUCUGGUGGUCGGGGCAAGCACCCUGGUGGCGAAGGUGUGGUUCGCGAUAUUGAAUUCCUUGCUCCAAUGCAGUGCUCUAUUUUGUCCGAGCGACGUGUUCACCGACCAUAUGGUUUAGAAGGUGGCGAGGAUGCCCAGUCUGGCGCAAACUACUUGAUUACGCGGAACGAGACUGGAGAAGAGCGUCGGAUCGAUAUUGGAGGAAAGGAAACAGUCUCGGUGAACACGCAUGACCGAGUAGUUAUUAUGACGCCAGGCGGUGGCGGAUGGGGUGCUCUCUAG